AUGGCAAGAUUCUGGAGGCGGUGGAUCUGGUGCAUCUACUCCGGCGGCGGCGACAUCAUCUUUGUUUGGAGCUGCCACACCAGCGGAAGCCCCGAGGGCUGGAGCUCUGCGACGCCUACCCCCGGAGCGAACAGGCCAAGCGGGGGCCUAUUUGGAGGUGCCACGAGCAGUGCUGCCCCCGGCAACAGUCUCUUCGGCAAGCCUGCAGGUGCGGCAUCCCCAGCAACUUCUAGUAUCUUUGGUGGUGGUUCAAGCACUCCUGCUCCUUCUGGAGCUGCCGGCGGGUUGUUCGGUGGAGGUGCUGCCGGCGGGACGGACAAGGGCCCGGCCCAGGCUAGCGCCGGUGCUCCAGCCGGGGGUUCGCUGUUUGGCGCGGCUGCCACAGCCCAGGCAACUCCUGCCAAACCGCUCUUCGGCGCCCUGCCAUCCACCACACCAGCUGGCGCGCCAUCACUCGGACUCGGAGGAUCCCAACCUUCCCAAGCCUCGACAAGUCAAUCACUAUUCGGAAGCGCUGCUCCCAAGACGAGCACGGCCGCCGCUCCUACGGCCCAGCCAUCAACAGCCACUUCGUCGUCUCUUUUCGGACAAGCCGCAUCCUCAACGCCAAAGCCAGCUCCAGCGGCCACUGGUGGCCUCUUCGGGCAGACACCUGCAACCGCAGCCACCUCCUCCACCACACCUGGCUUGUUUGGCGGUGGUGCGACGCAAGCCUCUACUACUGCUACCGCCGCCAGCUCUGGCACACCUGCCUUCGGUGGCGGACUGUUCGGCCAAAAGGCCCCCGCUACCUCUGCUCCCGCACCCAGUGCUCCCGCUGCUUCGACAACUCCUGCGGCUGGAGGUCUAUUUGGAGCCGCCGGUAGUUCAUCCACCACCCCGGCGCCAGCGGCUGCGGGAGGUCUCUUUGGAAAGCCUGCUGCCACCGUAGCCGGUGCAGCUACUACCCCCGCAUCUAACUCCGCCGGUGCCGCCUUUGGGAAGCCUGCAGCCACAACAGCAGCUGCCACUGCCACGGCGACUCCUGCUGUAUCCGCUCCCAGCUCCGGAUUGCUUGGUGGAGCCAAACCUGGAGGCUUCCUGUUUGGCGGCGCUGGCGCAGCAGCUACAUCGCAGCCAGCUGCUUCUGCUGCGACAACCACUAGCUCCACCGCUCCGACUGCCGCACCUGCCGCGAGCGCACCGGCAGCCAAUGCUGCAGGUGCAGGUUCUAGCUUGUUUGGUGCCAAGCCGACUGCUAGCGGAGCCGCCCCAGCGACAAGCACCCCUACGAAUGCCCUCGGCGCCUCCACGUCGGGGCCUCCUUCUCAACUUCCCCGGCUUAAGAACAAAAGUAUGGAUGAUAUCAUCACGCGCUGGGCAUCGGACUUGUCAAAGUACCAGAAGGAGUUCAAAGAUCAGGCGAAUAAGAAGCUCUAUCUCAACACCUACGAGGCCGAGCGCGCGAGUAAUGAGAUUGAGAAGCAGCUCAUGGCCGUGGAGAGCCAACAGGAUGAGCUGGAGGCCUGGCUUAACCGCUACGAGGCGGAUGUCAACGAGAUGAUUACGAAACAGGUUGGUCAGGGUGGCGACCAACUUGGCGGCCAUGACCAGGAGCGCGAGAGAACCUAUAAGCUCGCGGAGAAGCUUUCGCAGCAUCUAGACGAGAAGAGCCGGGACCUGGCCACCAUGGUCAAGGAGAUAAAUGACGUGUCAGCUACCCUUAGCAAGAGCACCCGUUCGGAAGAUCCAGUGAGCCAGAUUGUUCGUGUACUCAACGGACAUCUAACACAAUUACAAUGGAUUGACACCAACACUGCUGCACUACAAGCCAAAAUUACUGCGGCACAAAAAGCGAACGGGACCUUGGGUAGUCAACAGGGUGUGUCAGAAAACGAUGCCGCGGAGAGUUUCUACCGGUCGUAUAUGGGGCGUAAGUAG